UUUUUUUUUUUUUUUUUUUUUUUACCUUUUAGGUUUCCUCAAAAAAAAUACAACAAUCAUGCUUUCAAGGACAAAACACAGUUUACAAAGUCGACUUUACGGCAUUACAACUAAACGACUUUUAACAACACAAGGAUUCAGUACAAUCGAUGCUGCUGAAGUAAAAAAGUUUAGUGAUAUUUCUGAACAAUGGUGGGAUCCUAAUGGUGAAUUCGGUAUGCUCCAACUAUUGAAUCCUCCACGCGUUGCUUAUGUCCGAGAUCGUCUCACUACAACAAAAACAGCAAAACCAUUUGAAGGAUUAAGAAUGCUUGAUAUUGGAUGUGGUGGUGGACUUUUAUCAGAGUCAUUAGUACGAUUAGGUGGAAAUGUAGUAGGUGCCGAUGCUUCUUCUGAUAAUAUUAAAAUGGCUAAACUUCAUGCUCGAAAAGACCCUCAGUUGUGGCGUGGACCAGGAAAACUAGAUUAUCGACAUACUACCGCAGAGGAUCUUUUGGCAGCCAAGGAACAAUUUGAUGUGGUACUAGCUAUGGAAAUCAUUGAACAUGUGAACCAACCAUUAGCGUUUUUACAAACAUGUGGACAGCUGACUCGACCUGGAGGUUCACUAUUUUUAUCUACCAUGUCGCGAACGCCCAUUGCAUACGGAUUGACUGUGUUUUUGGCUGAAAAGGUAUUAGGUGUCGUACAUGAUGGUACCCAUGAUUGGAGCAAGUAUAUCAAAAGUCAAGAAUUGAAGGAUGCUAUACUAUCUUUUGGUCAAGAAUGGCAAGUGGAUGAUAUACGUGGUAUUGCUUGGGAUCCAAUAUGUCGUCGAUGGGUGAUGAGUCAACGGAAUGGUGAUGUUGGAAUAGGGGGAUUCGAAUCUUUGGAGGUGAACUAUAUCAUGACUGCAAGACGCCGACAUCAAGAUGAUGAUGAUCUUAUCGUUUAGCUGUUAGCUGACUAUGAUUUUUUUAAUUUUUUUUUAUUAAAAUUUUAUGCCUUUUAUGAUAUACGCCCUUUUCUUUUCUUUUUUUUUUUU